GAUUGCAAAUCGAACAUAGUUCUACUCUACAAGUUGGGGAACAAUGGGUAGCAUAUGCAGAGCACUCGUGCUUCUCUGUCUUUCAUGUUUGAUGAUUCUUGCUUGUUCUGAGACUAACACUUUAGAGCAAGGCAAACAGCUCAGACAUGGCGAGCUGCUGAGAUCAUCUAAUGGUAUCUUCAGGUUAGGAUUCUUCCAGCUUUCCAGCUAUGCAGAUAAAUCUUUCUUAGGAAUAUGGUAUAAGGAUAGCGGAUGGUAUAAAAAUGAAGGCAACACCCCAAUAGUCCAAUUCCCAGUGUGGAUUGCAAAUCGAAACAACCCUAUCUUCAAUCGUUCUGGAAUUCUCUCAGUCAACCGCAAUGGAUGCCCGCAGAUUUUAUCUGGUGAGAAGGAGAUCAUUGCCUUAUGUUCAACUAGAGCUUCAAAGGCUCGUGCCACCCUACAGGUCGAUGGCAACUUUGUACUGCAGGAACUGAAUUCAGAUGGAUCUGUGAAGGGGAAUUUAUGGCAAAGUUUUGAUCAUCCAACGGACACUCUCCUACCGGGGAUGAAGCUAGGAUUUAACUUGAAAACUGGGUUCAAUUGGACUCUGACAUCGAGGAGAAGUUUCUUCUCACCAGCCUCAGGCUCUUUUACACUGGCAGUGGAUCCCAACGACACAAAACAGCUGGUCAUAUUGCGGCCAGAUGAUGUAUACUGGAGAAGUGGACCUUGGCAACGUAGCAGCUCUGGCUUUCCACACUUAAAGUCCUUGCAGGAUUCUGGCUACAACUUUAGCUUCACUCAAAAUGAAUAUGAAACAUACUUCAAUUUCACUACAAACCCAGCACUGGUCAUUUUCCCAAAACUAAGAAUAGAGUAUGAGGGCUCGGAUCGUGUGCUCGAGAUUUCUACUGAAGGAUUCAGUAGAAGUUUAGUUUCAUGUACUAGUCAUUACAGUUCCUCCAAUUGUCAUUCCGGAGUACUGAGACAGACUGAAGAAGGACUUUUGGUUUGGUGCAAUUACACCACUACGGCCGGAUGCAUAAAGCAAAAGCUUCCUGAAUGCAGGGAUACUAUGCUUGAUUACGAUUACAUCUCCUCGGACUACGGUUCGAUGUCCAGCCCUGGAUACAGAUUCAGCGAUAGUGAAAACCUGACUCUUGAAGAUUGUAAGGUCAAAUGCUUGCUAAACUGUUCGUGUUUUACCUUUGCUACCACGAAUGAUAAGGAUGAAACUGGUAGUGAAAUUUGGGUAUCGAGGGCAUUUUUCAGACAAACGUAUAAUGGUCGCAUGAUAUACAUGCUUCUUUCCAAAGGUAUGUUUGCUUCAUUGUCAAGGUUUACAAAGUUCUUAACCUACUGAUAAAAUUCCUUCUUGAUCAAUUGCAUUAAGAUAGAUGCUUAUAUGACAGUUGCAUAAAUAAGGAUUUAGUUUCCAUACCAUACAGGUUGUUAUUAUGUUUGUUUGUACACUUAUGUCUUUAAAUUCUACAAAGUAUAAACAGAAUAAUGAUGACAUUUUUCA